AUGUGGCGUUGCUGUUGUUUCUUCCACUUGAUUCCUCUCCCGUUUCCUCUGUUCUUUGAAGGGCCACCCGAUACGGUGGUGAUGGAUGGCUUCAUUAGCCUUGAAAAUUUAGAGAGCUACCAGGAUGAAUGGGAGCGUAACUGUUGUAGCGCCACCCAUUCAUCACCGCAUUCCGCAGGCAACGACACUGGCCCUCCACAACUGAACUCGCCGCGGUCGCUUCAUGCGUGUAAACUUUGCAAUGUUGACUCGUCUGUUGUUUUGGCACCAGUGUCCCUCCGACAACACUUUGAGUACCUCCAGGGCAACCCCGAGUUGGUUAGCCAAAAAUUUGCCGUUGAUGUCCCAAUGCGUGACGCUCUUCUCGCCUGCAUAGAAGCUGGUAUAACAGGUGGUUCCUCUCUUUUGAAGCUGCAAGCCUACCGUCGGUAUAUGGACCACGUGAAGGCACGAAAGGAGGCGCUGAAGAUGGCCCAAGAGGCUCGACAACGGCUGAUUACGCAAGAGACGUUUGAGACAGGAAGACAGACUCUCAGGGAGGGUGAUGCAACCCUCAGCCCCAAGAUUCCGCAAGAACAAAAUCGGAGUAAUACUGCUACCUCCACGGUUGCAUUAAAGAAUGCGUGUGACAGUAUGGGAGGCGACUCUCCAGAGGAGGAGGCAAAUAAUAGUGAUAAUAAUGAUGAAAGUGGGGAAAAGCCGCAGCAACACCACGAGAGGGCUCGGGGGCAGAAGGUGUCAGCCGAUUCGCCUCACCUUGCUGAUAAUGCUGGCAGCAGUUCGUUGGUGAAGGAGCCGGAUAACGGCGGCAGUUCUGCAGCAGCGAUGAGGCAAGAAAGGCGGAACUCGUCUCUUAACCAAUCGGUUUGCAUCACUGGCCAACACGGUGGAGAGCAACAUGAUACAGCGAAAGGCGGAAAGGGGGAUUCGUGCACACCCCAUCAAUGCGGUAAGCCUGUGAUUUCACUGCCUCACGUGGAAAGCAUGCGAAAUGGCGCUGGGAGUAAAGCUGUCGGGAGGGAAGUCGGAGAGAUCAGGUCUCGGGAUCCCUCCAGUGCGUGUGAACCUGAAGAGGUGUUUUACGUUUACUGCGCAAAUGCUACGGCCUCAGGGGAGGAGGCUUAA